AAGCGCAGAAACGAAAGUGAAGCUCCCGUACAGGCUGAGGGCGAGUUGGGGCUGCGGUCGGGCGCUUCCCUUUUCUUCGGGAUAUCCCUGGAUUCGGAGUUUUCUGGGAAUUCUCCCCUGGGUUCUUCAUCCUGGAAGCUUGGAAAAACAAUCUGUAAUCCACAAAAUACUUAUAAGAGUAGCGCCCCAGAAUCCAUGGAUUCUCUCCUUCUCCUCUGCGCCCGCCGAGUUGUCGCCCAGCGCCCUCUUCCCACCCUUCCACCAGUUCUCUAUCCUGUCCUUUUCCAAGCGGCAUUCCUGGAUGAAAGACCCCUGGUCCUGCAGGAUUUGGUGGCCACUUGGCCUUUCCCAGUGCUCCACGUCCAGCAGCUCCUGGGACACCUGGACCUGAGCUUGUUUCUUCCCCGCCUCAAAUGUGUCCGGGCCAUCAUCCAGGGUGUGGUGGCUCAUCUCCAGAGGGAGCUGGAAGAGCCCGGCCGCUAUUCCAGCCUCCGCAUUCUGAACAUGAGCAUGCUCCCGGAGUCAGAGUCCUGCCACACUGUCAUUGGGAUGAAGUUGUGGUGCAGAACCAAUGAUUUGGCAAAGGCUUGCGUGGAGGUGUCCAAGCACCUAGAGGAAUUCCAGAAGCGCAGAUCCAAGCACCACAAAGGCUGCUCCAGAGCCAACACGGCCACGGCAGCUCUGCAGUGUCCAGGCGUGGACAUCUACACCGACCUGUGCGUCAGUAAAUCGUCCUACAGGUUGCUGCGUGAUGCGCUCCAGACCGGAGCCACUGGCCUGCUGCGCCUCAAGUGCUGCAAAUUCAAUGCAGACAACAUUUCGGCAUCCGAGAUUGUGACUUUGUUGGAAUCUCUGGAUCCAUCCUGUCUGCGGAGGGUGGAUCUGUGCUUCAACAAUUUUGGAUUGGCCAGGCUCUCGGUGAUCCUGGCUCACCUCUCGCGCUUCCCGGAGCUGCGCAGCCUCAAGCUGGAGCACAACAAUGUGGACGUGCGGAACCUGACGCUGAAAACACUAAUGAGAACCCGCUCUGUGGCCCAGCGGCUGGGAAUGCUGCCCAGCCUCCGGGAGCUCAACCUGGGAUCCUCCCGGCUCUCCGGGAAUCUGCACCAGAUCCUCUGCGAACUCCAGUCUCCAUUGGAAAGCUUGGAGUUACCCUUCUGUGGCCUCCUUCCCGCUGACCUCGCCUUCCUCUCCCAAAGUAUCCACGCUCCAGCCCUCAAAAGAUUGGAUCUGAGCAGCAACAACAUCUCCCAAGGCCUCCUGGAGCCGCUCCAGCUGCUCCUGGAGGAAGCCUCGGCCUCGCUGUUGUACCUGAAUCUCAUGAAUUGCCACGUGGACGACUCUCACCUGAACGCGCUGCUCCCGACGCUCCUGCGCUGCUCCCGCCUGCGCUUCCUGGGACUCCGCAUGAAUCCCCUGUCCAUGGCCGCACUCAAGGAUCUGCUCCAGAAAACCUUGGAGCUGCCGGAGCUCCACCACGUCGUGUAUCCCAUCCCCAAGGAUUGCUACAAGAGAGGGUCGCCGGGAUUUCUUUGCAAUUUUAUGGGUGAAGAGCUUUUCUCAGCAGCCAGUGAGGAGAUUUCCCAGUUGCUGGCAAUUCCUCUAGAACCGACCUCAUCUGAACUUAUGUUCCUGUAAGCCGCAGAGCCAUGGACUACUUCUCCUUGGGAUUUGGGAAAACCUCAGGUCCAGGAAAUGCUUAGAGCCAGCAUCACGGGAAAAGUCUGCCAACCUCCUUACUGAAAUUCAGAUGUUUUUCGUUGUUUUUCUGCCUCAUUCCAGCGUUUUUUCCGUUCAUUUCAAAGCUAUUUUGCAUGGUUUAUUAUUUUCCGCCUUGUUUUUCAUGGUUUUUAUUUUCUGCCUUGUCCUGAUGUUUUCUUGCCGCAUCCCCAGAUUUUUCCCUUGUUUCAUACCUUUUCUGCCACGUUUUGAGGUUUUUCCUCCCCGUCCCAACAGUUUUUUCCUUCAUCCCGAUAUUUUUCCCCUGAUCCCAGUAUUUUUCUGCCUCAUCUCAGUAUUUUUCCCCCUUUUCAUUAUUUUUCAAGCCUGUCCCCGUGUUUUUUCAGCCUGUCUGGGUAUUUUUCUGCCUCAUCCCAGUAUUUUUCCAUCCUAUUUCAUGAUUUUUCCAUCCAAUCCCACUGUUUUUUCCAUCAGGGUUGGCUUUGCACGGCCAAAUUCCAGGAGGCUCCAAGGCUGGAUUCCACAGGAAGCAGCCAGAAGAGUCUCCCAUGUUUGGCCAAUCCCGUCAUGAACAGUGGCAACACCUCUGGAAUAAGAAUGAACUCAGAAGAAAUCAAUCAUAGCACAGCUGGAAUUCUGGAGCAGGAAUUUGCGAAAGGAACAACUCCAGAGAUUAUUCCCAGGUGCUGGAGUGGAAAUUCCCAAAAUUCUGUACUGCAUCCGAAGAGAAGCUCAUGCUGGAGCUGUAUCUGGGGAGGGACCUGCAGAUCCAUGGCAAAAGGAGCAGAUUCCUGGCAGGAAUCCCACAGUGGAAAAACCUUUUGGAGCAGGAUAUUCCCAAAGUAUUGAGCCCUUGGAAAAGUCCAUGCAGAAUUGUGUUCCAUGGGAAUGACACACUGGAGAAAUCCAUGGAAAACUCCCCUGGGAUGGCCCCGGCUCCCCGCACUGCUGGAGGGAUUGAGGGAAAGCUGGGAAAGAGUGAUUUAGGGAAGGGAAAAGUUGGAUUUGGAGUCUUGUAAUCCUGCUGUGAUCCCGUUGGAAAUAAAGUCAUCCUAUUGCAGAUCCUGA